AUGAUCAAGGCCUACUAUCGCUCCGCUACUGCGAGAGUCCUGGUCCGUAACAAUCCUUCUCAACCGUUCGGUAUUCGGUCUGGCGUCCGACAGGGUUGUAUCGUGUCACCCAUACUGUUCAACUACGCUACUGACUGGAUCCUCGGGAGGGCUCUACGCGACAGUGACGGCGUUAAAUUUGCACCCGGACAUCGACUGACUGAUCUCGACUAUGCCGAUGAUAUCGCCUUGCUUGCUUCAAGUUUUGGUAAUCUGCUGUCUAUGGUGUCACGGGUGAACGAGGUCGCUAAAUCAGUCGGUUUGUCCAUAAACGCUGGGAAGACCAAAGUAUUCUCAAGCCGCAUCCCUGACCAGGAGAAGGCACCCCUGGGGAUUGAUGGCUGUCAACUUGAAGAAGUAGGCAGUUUUAAAUACCUCGGGGCGAGGCUGCUGCUUAAUUGACAGAGUAAGGACGACAUUUUCUCCCGAAUUGAUGCUGCCCGCUGGGUUUUCUCAAGCCUUCGGAAAUGCCUAUGGAUCCGACGUGACCUCUCCAUCGCCACCAAGACUCGGGUAUACCGUACAUCUGUCCGGUUUGUCCUUCUCUAUGAUUGUGAAUGCCGGGCUUUUCCCGUGGAGGACGAGCGAAAACUGGAGGUAUUUGACCACCAUUGCUUGUGGACCAUACUUCGAGUGAAGUUCACCGUCUUCGUCUCAAAUGAGACAAUCCGCGCUCGCUGCGACAACAUCGCAAGGAUAACUCAAGCCAUCCAAGAAGGACGACUGAGGUGGUUCGGGCAUGUUCUUCGUCGUCCACCUCAGGAGCUCAGUGUUACUGCCCUCGAUCCGGCACCGUUGCCCCACUGGAAGCGUCGAAGAAGGGGUCAGUUCAAAACCUGGCUCGACACUGUCCGUCAAGACAUGGAGGUGGUUCUUGGACCUUCGGUAUUCGGUCUCCGUCUUUGACGAAGGGAAUGGGUUGAGCUGUCUAGAUUUGCUGCCGCGGAUCGUCACGCGUGGAGAGGUACAGUUCGGGACAUCAUCGAGGCCGGUUAGAUCAGACAUGGUCGCAGCCGUAUCAAGUACAAGUAUUUUUUGGAAAAUGAACAAGAUGGCCUUAUUGAUGUUGACUUCUUUUCUUUUGCAGUUUGCUCAUCUAUACAGCACCACCUAUGAGGACAGUUAUGGCUACGCUGCGAUAGCGCCGAAGUAUCCAAGUCCAGAAUGUUUGAGUAAGUUUCUGCAGUCAUCUUUCUGAGGCCUUUGACUUCCCACUCCCCUCCCCAUCCCCCUCGAUCACGUGGUAGAGAGUUGUGCUCUUAGAUCGCAAAAUACUACUCAAUGUUGUCCAGUCAGAUGGCCUCUUCUCACUUCACCAUGAGAGUUUGCCCGUCGUGGCUGACGAGGUCCACCGUGCGCUCCACAGCAGGGUGAGAGCAGGCACGGUGACUUGCGCGUGAAUUAACUUAUAGUACUGGUGGACUUGCACAGCAUCCGCCGCACUCUCCCUUCCUCCCCGAACUCAGCCCAGUGUCCAGUGAAAUUCCAGAAGGCACUUAUUUACAUAUUCUAGACUUAACCCUUAUCCUUACACCAAUUCUCAUAACAACGACAGUUCGACCCUCGUGCGCUCCACAGCAUGCUGCGAGCUGGCACGGUGGCUUGCGAAACACCUAUCGCACUCUCUCCAUUCUCUAUCGCCUGAGUCCAAUGUCAAGUCAGGGUCAGGAAGGUCGGAAAUUGGAGAGGGCGCAGAUGGUUGCAACAGCCGAACCACCGCACCCUCUCGUCCACAUCAAGCACCUAAUCGGGAUUUUAACUAUCAACAAAAUGGGCGGGUCAAAGGGAGGAGAAGAUGAGACAAGUCCCUGGACAACCAUGCACACGGCCUGUGUCCCAAUCGGGAGUGCAAGCACACCCACCUGCAGAUAACCAGGUUCCAGAGAACUGCUUGCGCACAACUGGCUAUGAGGGUCAUGGGUUGCUGAAUCAUGGCAUAGGAAAUGCACACAGUACUAACAGCCCAUAUUAGAGCAUCGUAUUGCAAACCUGCCUACUGUCAUUUUGAUGACCUAAUUCCAACUUGACUGCUCUUUAUUUGUAUAGUGGCAUGAACCCUAGCCCAGGCACUCAAAAGCUGCAAACUCGAGUAAACUAAAGAAGGAACGGUCAUUUGUCUCUUAGGGUGGGUCUACCGCAUUAUAAAAUAUAUCGUUCACCCCCUUCCCCGCCUCGUUAGCUCAUUACUAGUGCAUGGAAGUGGGAGAUAAAGUGAGAUCGAUCUUUUCAUGAAUAUAGGUACAGUGAGUGACCGAUCACAAGAAAUGUUGACCGAAAUUCGGAGAUGCCUUCUCGAUUAGGGAGAAUUACUUAAGUACCGUUACAAUAUUUAUUAUCAAGUCGCAUAAUCCUAUGUGUUUCGAACUCGCCAGGAUGUUGGCUUUUGAAGGCGUUUCUUUUUAACCUCCUACAACAACCGUACUUGGUAAGAGAUGACUACUUAUGUAGCUUGCAUUUUUAACAUUGAUUUUUGAUGGUUUUAUAAAUUCAAAUAUAUUUUAUAGGAACCACGUAUAAAAAUGUGUUCUCUUUUGUUCGUUUGGUUGAGAAUCACGUUAUGCUUACAUUGCAUACCUGAAGAAAGGGUGUAUUUAGGUUUUGAAAAAGUUUCCCAAUGCCUGAAUAAUUUUGAGCCUGAUCAGUCGUUGCAUUAACUUUAAGCAAUUUCAAUCUACGCGGUGCAUGCUUUCGGCGCAAGGAAAAUAAUAUAUUCUUCUAUGCCUUUAGAAGGAUGUUAUGCAGAGUACGCAAAAUAUUGCAGUAUAUGCAAACCAUGUUCUACAUUUCAUGAGAAGUAUUGGCAAACGGACAUGUACGAUGCUGUAUGAAUGGACAUUGCACGGUCUCAAAAAGCUCAUAAUUAGAAACUUUUCCAAAAGCUAAAUAUACCCCUUCUUCAGGCAUGCAAUGUAAGAAUAACGUGAUUCUCAACCAAACGAACAAAAGAGAACACAUUUUUAUACGUGGUUCCUAUAAAAUAUAUUUGAAUUUAUAAAACCAUCAAAAAUCAAUGUUAAAAAUGCAAGCUACAUAAGUAGUCAUCUCUUACCAAGUACGGUUGUUGUAGGAGGUUAAAAAGAAACGCCUUCAAAAGCCGACAUCCUGGCGAGUUCGAAACACAUAGGAUUAAGCGACUUGAUAAUAAAUAUUGUAACGGUACCUAAGUAAUUCUCCCUAAUCGAAAAGGCAUUUCCGCAUUUCGGUCAAAAUUUCUUGAGCUCAUUUACUUACUGUAUGCAGAUAUUAUUUUUUGACGAAAUUGGGCAAGAUCUUAUUUCGUAGCCGUACCUGUUUUGGGUUAGGGUUAGGGGUUGGAGUUUGGGGGUCAGGGCUAGGGGUUAAGGUUAGGCGUUGGGGAUGGGGGGUUAGGGGCUAGUGGGUUGGGGUUAGAGUUUGGGGUUGGAGUUAGGCGUUAACGUUUCGGAUCAGGGUUUGGGUUAGUGGUUAGGUUUGGGAGUUAGGCGGAUGCUUGUCUAUUGCAGGUACGACUGCAAAAUGAGAUCCGACCGGAAUAAGGAUUAUAGGAUAAAAGUAAGAGAUGGGAGGAGUAAUGUCAACUCAACGCUUGAGUAUCAGACAGCGGCAUUUAACAUGGAAUCUAACAUUUACUAUUGUUUACUUCUGUGUAAAGAUGAUCCAAUUCUGAUAGAUCAAGAAGCAUCCGGUGGUAGAUACUUUACCACCGAGAGUUCGGAGUAAAGUACUUAUUUUGUGUGAAUUUUGAAUGAUACGCUGGUGGGGGAAAUGAUGUCACCAAAAACCGACCGAAUUAUAGAUGGCCUGGAGGACUAUGUCGAAGGUUCAGUUCGUUCGGUCGGCUAACUACUCGUGCAGCAAAAACUAGUAAAGAUUGUAGGAUGAAAUCAAGGGAUUUCAGAGGCAUACUCAUGACCAUUAUUAAUGAUACCUACGGAGAAGCCCUAGGAAGGACAGUUUGUUGUUUCCGGAUGGCAGGGUGUUUCGACAUGAAGUUCCACCACUGGUGAUGGUUACAGUGAGUUCUGAAUCCCCAUGUUAUUCUGUCUGGCAGCCACAUGCGGAAAGCUCUCUAGGCUGGGUGUGGUGAUUGGGUCUCAUCGGGAUCACUCUAAGGAAACCGGAUAGAAGCACGAAAUUGGUUGGUAGCGAAAAAACUAGAGCGCGCUGACGAUGUGCUACAGUCACGAAACGACUGCCUACGCAGAUGUUGGCCCGACCGCCCCACAGCUUCAUUUAUGAUCUUCUUCCACCUUGACGAGUUUCUUGGGCAGCUGGUGGACAGUUUCCCUUUUGUGAUGCUGAUAGCGACAGCCAGGGCAGUGGAGUAUAGACCUUACCUGAAGCUUUAUUUGUCAGCCGUCUUCAAUCGCCUUUUCUCCUGUGCAUUUUAGAAAACCGCGCAAACGCCUUCCCUGCCCAACAGCGUGAACUGGAUCCUGAUUACCCUGGCUGCGAUUAGUGUGCAGACCUCCCGGGGACUGCUUCUCAGGCUUCUAUUUUGGUCACCGCAGGGUUGGGGUGACGACUUUUCAGUUGCUGUAUCAGUGGCCUUUCUUUAAUAAAGCUCACGGCUUUUAGUUGUUACAUUGUGAGCCAUUUGGUUAGCAGGGUCAGAAGUCCUGGGGUAUGUCCCACUUGGCAUGGUAGAACUAAAGGCUACAAAAUAUGCUUUAGAGUAGUCCUUUAAAAAAAUACAGUGGGUGACCGAUCUCAUGACAUGUUGGUCAAAAUUCUAAAAUGCGUUUUCGAUUGGGAAGGAUUGCCUGGGUGGGUUUGUAAUACUGAUUAUCAUAUGCCAUAAUCUCAUAAUUUUCAGCCUUGGCAGAACGCCAGCUUUUGAAUACAUUUCUUUUCAAUCUCCUAUUGAAACCGUACUCGGUAAAAAAUGAAUAAUUAAGCGGCAUGCAUUUUUCACAUUGAUUUUCGAUGGUUGAUAGAUUUAAAUAUAUUUUAUAAAAAAGAAAUUUUUUUCUUUGCUCGUCUGAUAGAGAGUCACGACGUCUUUAUUAAUCAUACUCCAGUAAGGAAUAAAAGUAGGUUUUAAAAGGUUUUUUUAAUUCCCGAAUAAUUUGGAAUCUGAUAAGCUGUCGUAGUAGUGCUUAGUGAUUUCAGCCUACAAGAUCCGUGCGUUCUGCCUGAUGAAAACCACAUAUUCUUCCAUGUCUUUAAAAAGAUAUCAUAUUGGGUCCAUAAAAUUUUGCAGUGGAUGCGGACUAUGUUGUACAUUUCAUGAGGAGCAGUGGUAAACGGACAGGCACGAUGCUGUUUGAAUGCACAUUGCACUGUUUCAAAAAAUCUCCCAAGUGUAAACUUUUUUCAAAACCUAAUUAUUCUCCUUCUCCGAGUUUAAAAUAUGAAGAUGACGUGAUUCCCUAUCAAACGACUGAAAUGAAGCAUUUUUGUCCGUAGUUUCUAUAACCUUCACCAAAGUUUUAAAGACUACCGAAAACCGUGUAGUCAUUUUUUUCCGAACACGGGUUCUACAGGAGAUUGAAAAGAAGUGUAUUCAGAAGCCGACAUCCUGCCGAGUUUGAAAUAUUAUAAGACCAUGCUGCAAGAUAAUCGGUAUUACAACCGCAUCUAAGUAAUCCUUCCUAAUCGAAAACGCAUUUCAGCCAACAUUUCACGAGAUCUGUCACUCACUGUGCAUUGUUUUGUUGAGUAAUCUUGAGGGCACUUUCAUAGCAAGUAAAGAUAAAUUUUCGAGUGAAUAUUAGAAUAAAUAGAUGGACUUAGUAGAAUACGCAGUCAGAUAUUUUAAAAAAAACAACUAGCGAGCGGGGAAAAACUCCUUCUUUUGAAAAAGACAGAAUGAAUGUGAUUUUAUUAGCUUUGAAGGAAAAAAAUUGCCGCUCAUGAAGAGGCAAAUAUUUGGGGUUGGACAGCACUGGCCUGCAUAUAGUAGUGUAUACGAGAUUCAAAACAGGCAUCGUCAAGACAGAAUUCCUAGACCGGAUGAGGCUGUCUGUGUCGAGGUGGCGAGAUGAGAGGAAGUCAGACGCGAACGGUCACAGUUUAGCUUAGAAGGAGACAUUAAAGACUGAGUCAUUAAAGCGUACGGGCUGAUGCGUCCAUGACACUUCCUUGCUGACCGACCAAAAUACUAGCAGAUGGUGAAAGCAGAGGAUUCCGUCACGAUCCACAACAGACCGCUUGGGGUCGCAAUGAGGUUGAUGCCAUCAAGAACUGCGGGGAUGAGUAAUAAAAGUGGAUUUAGUAGCCAAUUAAAAACAGGGAGCUGUAAAAACACAAGUGAGGGUUUUCGCUUGAUCUACCAAUAAAUCCCAAGAGAACCCUGUUCAAAGUCAAGAAACUGAGUGUUCUGGAAUGAGACGGUCAAUCGUGACUUUAUACUUUCCGGUGUAAGAUGAUUUCAUAAUUUCGAUAUGAAUGCCGAUAACUUAGUCGAUGACGUAAGUUCUGAUGGAGGAUCGCUCCAAAGGAAGGCAUAUUUGGAUACAAAUAAGAGAACGAGUUUAGAUGUAGAGCAAAGAGACGGCGGAAUCACCACGAAGGAGUUACGCGGGGCAUAAGACCGACCUCCCGGAGUGAGAGUGUCAAUGCGUGGAAGACUAAACUUAGAGUUAAUGCGAAACAGGAAGCAAGGGCCAGCUUCGAGUCUUCUAAUUCAUUAAGACCUAAUGUUCUUCAGCUGGCAUCUCUGAGUAUAAAUGCCAGAUACAGCUUGGGAGAAUAAUUUCCGAGUGAAAACCCUCCGAACAUUUUUGGCCAUCGGCGUCCAUUAAACCAAAGAAAGGGCAGUAGUACUCGAAGACAGGAAGAACAACUACAGUGCGUGAUCGAUCUCAGGAAAUGUUAGCCGAAAUUCUGAAAUGCGUUUUAAACUAGGAAGGAUCAGAUAGGCGGCGUUGUAAUAUUAGUUAUCAUUUAGCAUAAUCUUAUAGUAUUUCAGACUUUCCUAGAGGUCGGCUUUUAAAUGCACUUCUUCCUGACCUUCGGCAGAAAAUAUAAUUGGUAAAAAUGACUACUUAAUUACCAUGCAUUUUACACGCUGAUUUUCGAUGGUUUUAUGAAUUCAAAUAUAUUUUAUAGAAAGCAUGCACAAAAAUAUGCUUUUUUCUGCUUGUUUGGCAGGAAACCAAACUGCCCUUAUAUUUUAUACCCUAAGAAAGGCUAUCCUUUGGUUUUAAAAAAGAUCCUCAUUAUGAGGUUUUAAACACCGUGCAAUGUCGAUAUAUGCAGUAUCGCGCGUGUCCGUUUACGAAUGCUCCCCCUGAAAUGCAAGACACAGCUCGUAUCCAUUCCAGAAUUUUAUGAACGUUUUAGAGUUUCUUCUUAAAGGCAUGGAGGAAUAUACGAUUUUCUUUAUGCGGAAUGCAUGCUGCUUGUGAAAUGCGAUUGCUAAACACUAAUGCCACGGCUGGUUAGUCUCAAAAUUAUUUGGAAAUUUGGGGAACUUUUCCAUAAUCUAAAUAUACACUUUUUCCGGAUAUAAAAUGCGAAGAAAUGCUAUUUUCUACCAAACAUGCAAAAGAAAGCAUUUUUGCAUGUUUUCUAUAAAAUAUAUUUGAAUUUAUAAAAGCAUAGAAAAUCAAUGUGAAAAAAAUGAAUGCUAAUAAAGUAGUCAUUUUUACCAAGUAACAUUUCUGCCGGGGGUCAUCAAGAAGUGCAUUCAAAAGCCGACGUCUUGGCGAGUCUGAAACAUUAUAUGAUUAUGCUACAUGAUAAUUAAUGUUACAACGCCACCUCUUUAAUCCUUCCUAGUUGAAAACGCUCUUCAGAAUUUCGGCUAGCACUUCCUGAGAUCGGUCAAGCUCUGUAUAUGAUAAAACCUUAGCUUCAUUUCCAGAAGGAAAAAAUCAUGUGAUAUGACUCCACGUAUCUGGGCGGUCUUUGUAGAAAUUCCAUCUAUAUGGGGUGAUAAAGUAAGCUUAUCCGUAGAAAUUAAACCUUGGUCCAUUAUGUUUAAGCACUUUGAGAGUGGGUUAUUCUGAGCAGUUAUGGAACCGGGAAGAUUGACAGAGCCGAAGGACAUGAAACUACAUUUGGAUGAUGAAAACUUCAUCUUCCACGCAGAACUCUGUCUGCUUAAGCGUAGUAAAUCGGAAUUGAUUUGUUCAGCACAAGCAUUUGCGAUGUCCUUAGAAUAUGAGUAAACACACUUGAGGUCAUCGGCAUAGAUAAACGUUUGCGAAUUUCUGAUUUCAGUCGAAAUAUCAUUGAUAUAAAGAAGGGAGAAUAGUCGAUCCUAAACCGUGCCUUGAAUUACGUCACUUUUGACCAGUGAGGUGUCAAGUAUCUAUUAUCAACCAUGACUUUCUGAUAGCGCAUGGAUAGGCAGGACCCGAUGAAGUCGAGUAGAGGCGGCCGGUCGCCGAGGGUUUCCAAUUUUAUCAAAAGACGUCUAUGUGGCAUCUUGUCGAAGGCUUCGCUAAGAUCAAAGUAGAUAACUACCACUGACUGCUGUUCAUAACGAUGAGAAGUGAUGAGAUUAGGAAAGGUCAAGUGGCCAGUUUUGCAGGACCUUUCAGGUAAAAAUCAGUGCUAACUAGAGCUCAGAAACUGGUUAGCUAGGCAGAAGUCAAAAAUUUAAUUGGAAAUUAUCCUUUCAUGAUGUUUUGCUGGAGAUGAUGUUUUGUGCACGCCCCGAUAGCUAUUAACAUCGGACCGAGAUCCAGACUUGAAGGCAGGAAAGAUAAUUGACGUCGUCCAUGUUUCACGGAAAAAUCCUUUUGAAAUAUAAACCGAGAAUAAAUGACUAAGCAAUAUGGGAAGGUCGGAUGCCUGUUUGAUAAUCGAAUUAGGAAUCCCGUCCCUCCCAACUAACUUGUAUGUUUAUUAAUUAUAUCUGAGGAAACAUCGAUUGUACUCAGUGUCCUAUCUGAAAGUGAAUGAAAGAAAUGUACUGGGUAGGACUCAGUAGUAUGGUAUUUGGUGAAGAAAGCACUCAACAAUUCCGCUUUUCAGUGUCUUCGAUGAGGAAGAUUUUGCUGUCGUUUAGCAGGGGUGGAAGUUCGGGACCAUACUUAGAGGAGGACCGAUGGCGGACGAUGUUAGCGACGGAUUUGCCAGGGUUCAGAUCACGGAGAGCAAAUGAUUCUCUUUAUCUGUCCCGCGCUUGGCGUAUCCAUGAGGCCAUUUCAAAAACCUCUGUGAUUCUAAGAUGAACGGAUAAACAUCUAGUGGAUAGGUCACGCAGACGUCGUCUCAACUUUUGGUCUGCUGUGAAGAAAAAGAGGAACAAGGGGAUCCGCAGAAUUAGACUUGAGAUAUCUACGCGGCAGAAACUCUGAGAUUGCAUUGGAAACAUUGGACAUGACAUCACGAUGAAUGGUUGCGUCACUAUUAGAGAGAAAGCCACAAAAAUCCAGGGAUCUAAAAUAGUUAUUUAUUAAGUUGUUAUCUGUGCAAUCGUGGUUUAGAUAAGCCCGAACUGCACUGACCUUUUAUGAAAAGGCAAACGAUAAGCAACGGUGAUAUAUAUGUGGUCACUAUCAAAGAGGUCCUUUUUGAAAACAACAAAAGUGGGGCCAAUGUUAUUGUUAAAGAUUAGAUCUAAAAUGUGAUUAUCUCUUGUUGUAGAGUGGACCAGUUGAGACCAGUAAGAUAAAUUGGCAGUAUCUUGGAAGGGAUGGAACUUAGGUGGACAGAUAUUGGAAACCCAGUCUAUUUCAGGAAAGUUAAAAACCCCAGUGAUUAUUUUAACAUCGAAAGCAGCUUCCGAAAUUAAUUUAAAGAUUUCACAGAGUUGUGAAUCAUCACUGGCUGAAGAGUUUGGGGGAUUGCAGAUACAGCCAAUAAUUGCCUUUCAUUGCCGCGAAAGAAUAACAGAUGCAAAGCAGAAGUUCCUCGUGAAUGAGGAGGCGUCCAGGUAAUAGGGAGAGUACUUUAGGUAGGAUCUAGCAUAAAGAAGACCAGCGCCCCCAUGCCUAGUCGUGCGGUCUUGACGGUAAAAAUCGAAGUCAUCUAUGAGAAGUGCAGAGUCAGGAGAAUGGGUCCAAGAUUCUGUUAUGCAUAUAAUAUCAGGCGUCUUUCGAGAGCAAUGACUUUGAUUUGGGUCAUCUUGUUUAUAACAGACUUGGCAUUCAAUAACAUAACAUCUAAUGCGUUCCGAACGGCAAGGCUAUUGUCGAACGUAUUUAGAAAUUCAAGCUGAUUAGAGCUCAGAAGCUGAUUAGCUAGACACAAAUCCAGAAGUUCGUUGAAAAUAAUCCUUUCGAGGAGUUUUGAUGGGGACGGUGUUUUUGUGCACGUCCUGAUAUUUAAUAACAUCGAAUCGAGUCUUGUGUUUAGAUAAGCCAGACCUCGCACGAGACGACGCUCUCCGCCUGCCCUACGCAGUGAAUGCAGAAUCGACUAUGAGGAGGAGGAGGAGGAAAUGCGCUUUAUUUUGAAAUCGUAAGUUCAAAAUUUUCAGCAAAAAAUUGGCUCCAUUCACUGUGGGUAGUAAAUAAGUUAAAAGAUUAUUCAACAGUCAAAGAAACGAUUAUUAUGGGGAUAGUUCAAGUCUGAGCUUCUGUAUUUCUGUCUCUUCGCACGUAAGAUAGCGCGCUAGGAAUGGCAAUACAGAGGCUCGAUAAGCCGAUGUGCGACAGGGUAUAAGACGGAAGUUGCGGCGCAUCGGGCGGGAAGACUUGGCAGCCAUAAGAUCGGAAUGUAGGGGAUGGGCAACGUCAUCUAGAAUUCGACCAGCAAAUUGCUUGACCGCAUUGAAGUGUCGUUGUAAGAUUGUGUCAACUAAAAAAAUAUAAGAAACGCCAGCAGCAGAAGAGAGCAUGCGGAGGAUUCGUUUCAAAAUUAAAAGAUCCUUUUUUAACAAAGCAGGAAAAACGACAGGAGAACAGUAUAGGAUAAGAGGAAGAAUGCAGGCAUCAAUGAAUCGCCAGACUAAGGGUUGAGGUGUGUAGUAGGAACGCAAACGACGAAUGUAGUAAAGGAGUUUACGAACUUUAAUAAAUCGGGACUCAAUAUGGAGGGAAAAAGAAAGAUUUGAGGACAAAGUAACGCCGAGAUACCUGAAAGAAGAUACCUCAUUAGGAAGAAUGUCAGAGGAAUCAGGGUUAGGAGAGGGCCGCAGUCGAAAAAUACACUUAACGGAUUUUUGGUUGUUAAUUAGGAGACCAUUUGCCUCCGACCACGCUAGGACAUGGUUUAGGCCAUCCUUUAGAGACCGGAGGUGUGUCUGACUUUUGAGAGGGUGUCCAACAACCACAUCGUCAGCAUACUUGACCAGAAGACAGUCAUUAGGGGACCUGAGAUCAUCAGUGUGGAGGGAGAAAAGGUGAGGGGAUAGAAUGGAACCUUGAAGAACAUCGCAGUCAUUGGCAAGGGUCGAAGAUUUCCGCUUGCCAGAUUGGACAAAUUGGGUGCGGAAGGUAAAAUAAUCGCUCAGCCAAGAGACGACCCAGCCUGGAGAGCCACAUGCGGAGGUUUUGGAAAGGAGAAGAGGACGCGGGACGGUAUUGAAGGAGGAGGAGUAAUCAAGAAAAGCGCACGCAUACUCGCGGCAACCCUUGUCUAAUGCUUUUAGAGCAGAGUGGACCACAAGAGCGACAGCAUCUAAAGUACUCCGUUUAGCUUUGUAUGCAAAUUGUAAGGGGUCGGAAAAACUGGAAGAAAAAGGCUUUAUGAUAUCUAGGGCAACUCUUUCAGCAAGCUUUAGUAUUGCAGAGGCGCAGGCAAUUGGGUGAAAAGAUUUAGGACCAAAGUUAGCAGGCUUUUUAGGGAUGGGAGUGAUUCUCACUGUACGCCAGGCGUCGGGAAUCUUGGACUCCAUGAAAGACAUAUUGAUUAGGUGCGUUAAAAUAGGGGCUAUCUGAGAACUGCAAGAUUUAAGAAGAAAAGGCGAGACACCAUCCGAUCCGGCAGCUGUUGAUCCACGGACCUUUUUAAGGUGUUUCUCUACUGUUGCCAAAGACACGGGUUGGAAUGUACUCGGUGAUAGGGGAAUGUCUUCUAAGGGAAGAUGGGAGUCAUUGUGACUAAAUAUAAAAUUUUUAUUUAGGAAGUCUAAAUCUGCAUCCACAUGCACCAGCGUGUUGCGAUGACCAGUGAGACGCUUAAGAUUUUUCCAAAUCUCAGCUGAGGAAGGGGGGAAAGGGGGGGAGUAAGAAGAGGAAAAGAGUUGGCUGACAAACAGGCUAUUUAGCCUGUCAAUCUCUGUUUUUAUUAAGACGGUAACGUCCUUAAGGUUAUCACGUAAGCCUAGCUUGUGUGUGAAAUAGUUUAUAAUGAGGGAAGCUCACGCAGCACUUAGCGCGCUCCCCUCCUUCACAUACACCCCCUUCUCCGACGGCAAGACAAUGCCAAGACGAUAAGAAGAAGAAGAUGAUGAUGAUGAUGAUGAUGAUGAUGAUGAUGGUGGUGGUGGUGGUGGUGGUGGUGGUGGUGGUGAUGAUGAUGAUGAUGAUGAGGCGGAGGAGGGGGAGGAGGAGGAUGAUGAUGAUGAUGAUGAUGAUGAUGAUGAUGAUGAUGAUGAUGAUGAUGAUGAUGAUGAUGAUGAUGAUGAUGAUGAUGAUGAUGAUGAUGAUGAUGAUGAUGAUGAUGAUGAUGAUGAUGAUGAUGAUGAUGAUGAUGAUGAUGAUGAUGAUGCGACUGCUGGAACAAGAGCUUUAUUCGCCUGA